UGCUUCGUACUUGAAGUAUUCACAACAACACACACAUACAUAGCUUUUGAAUCCCUAAGCUUAAAAAUCCAUAUCUUUACUUCCCCGACGACUUCUCUCACCUAGGCGACGUUUUGAUCAGGCGAUGAGCAUCCCUAUGGAGUUGAUGUCCAUCAGAAACCCUAAUUCGACCUUGCUCUACAGAGCUCAUUCUCGUCCGCCGGUUGCUCUGUGUGCUCCACCACGUUCUCUCCUCCAUAGCCGACGCCAUUUCAGUGCUCCUCGAGCUGCUGUUUCAUCUACAAGGAUACGUUUCGGCUUUAGCUCCCCUUGUUGUCCAGAAGUCUUGCUCAAUCGAUCCGUCGUUGCUCUCGCUGCAUCCCACGAAGAUUCGGAAGAAUCAGGUCUUGAGGUGGAGAAGGAGAAGAGUGAUAUUGAAGAUGGUAAAUCUCAGGAAGCAUGGAAGCAAACUCUCGAGUCUUUUAAAGAGCAGGUUUCGAAGAUGCAGAGCGUGUCAUCGGAGGCAUACUCUGUUAACUCCCAAAAGGCGAUGAGGGUAUUGAAAGAAACUUCAGAACAACUUAGGAUUCAAGCGGAAAAGGCGAAAGAGGAGUUGGGUACAAAAGCUAAAGUUGUUAGCGAAGAGGGUAGAGAAAUUAUUAUGAAAGCAGCUGAAGAUUCACCUUCAGAUGUCAAAGAGAUCGUUGAAGCAUUCGCCUCUACUGAGGAUCUGAAAGAUGUGGACCAAGCAAAUGAUUUCCAUGUUGGAAUACCCUAUGGUUUGACCCUGCUUGUUGGUGGUUUCAUUAACUUUAUGGUAUGUGGAAGCAUUCCUGCCAUUAGGUUUGGGGUCAUUCUUGGCGGAGCAAUUUUCGCACUGAGCCUGGCUAGUCUAAAGUCUCAUAGGAAAGGAGAAUCAUCUAACAAGUUCUUAAAAGGACAGAUGGCUAUAGUGGCAAUCAUAUUUUUGAGAGAGCUGCGGUUGCUACUGUCUCAGAAAUCCACGUUCUUAGGUUUUUUCAACACCCUUACAAGUGGUGGUAUGUUAGUGUUUUACUUGUAUAAGUUGGUGGAAAAGAGAGAAAAAGGACCAAACUUGGAAGAUGGAGGAAAAGAUGAAUCAGGCGAUGGGUUUGUAAGAAGUGAAGGAUAGAAGAAAAUGGUAAGAGAAUGUUGUUUCUGUUGUCAACAUAAGCAUCCUAUAUCCAAACUCCUUCGUGUCUCCUUUUAAGUUGUGUACAAUUUUUUUGGGAUCAAUCAUUUUCUAAUUUCCCGAGUAUUUAGAUUGGUGAGUCGAUAUAUCAACAAACAAUAACAGGGUUUAGUCCCGUUUGGAAGAUGUGAUAAACAAAGACAAGUAAUGAAUCACCUGAGGCUAUUUCUUUUA